ACCCGGAAGCCAGCCGCACCAAUCUGUCGGAGGAAAUGCCUUUCAACUGGCGACCGGGGUCAGCCUACAGGCACCCGGCCAGCCACAAGGAGCUGCUAGGGCGCGAUGAGCCAAGUAGCCAAUUGUGCACCGUCCUUUGGUACUCCUGGCCACGGCCGGUUAUGGCACAGCCCCGGAAUGAAACGGGACUAUAGUAACGCCUCGAGCACUGCGUCACUCAGGAGGCCAUCAUAACACACUUUAAACUAAAAUGGGCGACCAAGAUGUUUAUGACAGACUGUCUGGGUCCCAGACAGACGGAGAGAUGGGUGAAGAGAAAGGAGAAAGCGAAGGAGAGAGUGAAAAGAGGGGGUCGUGGACAGGCGCUGAGAGUUUGUACCAGUUCUCAUCCUCUCUACGUGCUGUGGUUCGCAUUAGACAGAAAUACCUGGCCAUGAAGAAACGACGGCUGGAGUUAGCCGGGCUGGGUGUAGUAGGGCCAGUGGUAGGGGCUGGCCUCUUCACUGGGGCCCCUGUUCGCACCAGCCCCAAAAUCUUCACCUUUGAGGGGUUGACCCCCUCCAGCACCACCACGACCUUGUCCUCACUCCUCCAAAAGAAGAAGAAGAAGAAGAAGAGGUCGCGGCGGGUCAUGUUCCCCAGUGGAGGGGGGUGCAGGGCCCCCGUCAUAAAGGAACACAGCCGAGCAAAGAACUGCCUCUUCCUCCUCUGCACCAUCCUCUUCCUCCAGGUGUAUAAUGCCAUAGAAAACCUUGACGACCAUGUCCUGAGGUAUGACCUGGAGGGAUUAGAGAAGACUCUAUGCAGGGAGGUGUUUGGCCAGCAGGGGGCGAUGGAGGCUCUGUUAGCCCAACUCAGAGACUACCUCUCUACCUACGUCCACAAUAAACCCCUGGUCCUCUCCUUACAUGGAACCAGCGGCGUGGGGAAGAGCCACGUAGGGAGACUCCUAGCUGGGCACUUCCGCUCAGUAGUGGGGGAGCCCCUGGUUCUCCAGUACUUUGUGUUGCACCACUGCCCCCUGGAGGAUGACGCCUGGCGAUGCGCCCGAGCGCUGACGAUCUUAGUGUCGGAGACGGUGCUGAGAGCAGAGGAGGAGGAGAAAAUUCCAGUAUUCAUCUUUGACGAAGCAGAGCACCUUCACCCAGAGCUGCUUGAUGCGCUGCAGGAUCUGGUGCAAUCAAAACUCUCCAACGAAUACCUUAACGCAGUCUACCUGUUCCUUAGCAACCAAGGACACAAUCACAUCACCAAGCACCUGCUGCACAACUCCUCCAGCGACUCCAUGAUGACCGUGUCUGAGUACAAUGGCAACUUCAUCAAGGAGCUGACCCCGUUGUUGCGGAACACGCUGGAGAUGCUCCACCCACUGUGGGCAGAAGCUGAACUCAUACCUCUGACCCUGCUGGAGAAAGGUCACGUGACAGAGUGCUUCCUGGAUGAGAUGAUGAGGGAGGGGUUCUACCCGGACCGUACCAACAUUGAGAGGCUGGCAGGGGAGAUAGAGUACUACCCCGUGGUAUGGGGUCGGGUGUAUGCCCGGACAGGCUGUAAACAGGUUGUGGCGAAGGUCAACCUGCUAUGAGAGACCUACAGAGGGAUGUUGAGAUGACAGAAGACAGGGACCGAGAAAGACGUGUCCUGAGAAAAGAUACUACUGGACCGUGUCAGUGGCGGUUCCAAUAACUGUUUUGGCCCAUAGUCUUUUGGAGCCUAAAUACUUUUGGUGUUUCUUGUGAUCCAUCAAGCAAACAAAGUCCACGUUACUCGCCAGAACCCACCAUUGGGGAAAAAACAUUGUCUUAUGUCUGAGAAUGAGGAGUAAUCUCCACGAUGAAGGCUAAUCAUGUCAGAUAAUCGUCUUUUCUACGUUCUGUAAUUUAGCACCAUCCGGAACGAUCCCCUUGGUUACUAGAUUAAUAGAUAAUUACCAUUUAGGUAUGAGAUAGGAUAGGUAGGGCUAAUAUCAUAGCCUGCACAUCUGGAGAGGAGUCAAAAUAAGGAGUUGUGGUCAUGGUGAAGAACCACUGCUCAUUCUCCCACGAUGCUGUUAGGCAAACUGACAGUGAUACACAAACCCACUCCCAAUAGAGCCUUCAAACUCAACUCAGGACCUCGAAGCCAGUUCCACUUAAUUUGUUCAUUGUUCCCUUCUAAUCAGGAACUGAUUUAGACCUGAGACAACAGAUGUGUGCAAUUAGUUAUCAGGGCUAAACAAAAAACCAGCAAGCUCCAGACCUCGUAGUGUAAGAGUUGCAUAACACCGCAAUAGAGGAAGAUAUUAGUAAUCGUACCAAAUGAGUCUGGUUGUGGCAAUGACAAAGACAGGGCCAAGAGCAGCACAGGAAAAUGUGAUGAAGUAGUUGUAUUUUGUUAACAUACUAUAAUGAUUAAACUGUAUCAUGCUUUCUGAA